AUGUCCCGGGCGGCCGCCUCACCCCGCGCGCCACGUUUGCGGCUGAUCCUUUUCGUUGUCUUCCCCGAGAGCCGGCUGGGCGCGCGGCCCGGGUCCUGGCCGGCCGCGCCCUCCGCGCCCGCGCCCCGCUCGGUUGAUGUGGUUCUCCGCCCCCCGCGCCUGGGUGCGAUGGGGGACCCUCCCAAGAGGAAGCCCGGGACCGCCCUGUGCGUGGGCUGCGGGAGCCGGAUCCACGACCAGUUCCUCCUGCGGGUGUCGCCGGACCUGGAGUGGCACGCCGCCUGCCUCAAGUGCGCCGAGUGCAGCCAGUACCUGGACGAGACCUGCACGUGCUUCGUGAGGGACGGGAAGACCUACUGCAAGCGGGACUACGCCAGGCUGUUCGGCAUCAAGUGCGCCAAGUGCCAGGUGGGCUUCAGCAGCAGCGACCUGGUGAUGCGCGCGCGGGACCGCGUGUACCACGUCGAGUGCUUCCGCUGCUCCGUGUGCAGCCGCCAGCUGCUGCCCGGCGACGAGUUCUCGCUGCGGGAGCACGAGCUGCUGUGCCGCGCGGACCACGGCCUCCUGCUGGAGCGCGCGGCGGCCGGCAGCCCGCACAGCCCCGGCCCGCUCCCCGGCGCCCGCGGCCUGCACCUGCCAGAGCCCGCGGCCGCCCGGCAGCCCUCGCUGCGCCCGCACGUGCACAAGCCGGUGGAGAAGACGACCCGCGUGCGGACGGUGCUCAACGAGAAGCAGCUGCACACCCUGCGGACCUGCUACGCCGCCAACCCGCGGCCGGACGCGCUCAUGAAGGAGCAGCUGGUGGAGAUGACGGGCCUGAGCCCGCGAGUCAUCCGUGUCUGGUUCCAGAACAAGCGGUGCAAGGACAAGAAGAAGUCCAUCCUCAUGAAGCAGCUGCAGCAGCAGCAGCACAACGACAAGACGAGCCUCCAGGGAUUGACGGGGACGCCCCUGGUGGCGGGCAGCCCCAUCCGCCACGAGAGCGCCGUGCAGGGCAGCGCCGUGGAGGUGCAGACCUACCAGCCCCCGUGGAAAGCCCUCAGCGAGUUCGCCCUGCAGAGCGACCUGGACCAACCCGCCUUCCAGCAGCUGGUCUCCUUCUCCGAGUCUGGCUCGCUGGGCAACUCCUCAGGCAGCGACGUGACCUCCCUGUCCUCGCAGCUGCCCGACACCCCCAAUAGCAUGGUGCCGAGUCCCGUGGAGACGUGAGGGGCCCAUCGUCGCCAGCCUGCGGACCUCGCAUGCUCCCCGCAUGAGACGCACCCACGCUCAGGCCAUUCCUGUUCCGAAAACUCUCGCCUUCGUAAUUAUCAUUAUUGUUAUUUAAAGAGAGACGCCGCAGCGGCCAGGAGGCCCGAAGCUGCAGGGUGCAGCCUGCUCUCACCAGGCCGGAGGGCCCUGCUCUAAGAACGGCUAUUUUUUCAAAACCAGAAUUUGGGAUUUACUAGGGUCAGCUGUGCGCCCGCCCUGGCCCUGCCGCCGCCGCUGCCGCCCCGUCCGUCUGGGUGGGGCCACCGUGCCGGCUCCUGCGGCUCCCCGGGCCCGAGGGGACAGAGCCGGGUCCCAAGUGUGGGGCUGCAGGAGCAAAGCGGAAACGGGACUCUCCUUGGAAACGUUCUAAGUUAUCAGUCGACGGAGGACAGCGUGUGAGCCUUUGCCGAACAAAACGUAAGUUAUUGUUAUUUAUUGUGAGAACAGCCAGUUCACGGUGGG